AUGACCCCCUCCUCAGACAAAGAGCUCAACGGGAUAGAUAACCCCAGCUUCGUGGGUGAAGAUGGGAGCCACUACUGCUCCUCUAUGGACUGCGGUGCUCGGGGCCCAGAGGAAGGCGGGGAAAAGGACCAUGGCAGCAUCAAGCUUGCCUACACUGUCACAGAGGUGCCCCCCUGGUACCUGUGCAUCCUGCUGGGCAUUCAGCAUUUCCUGACAGCCAUGGGAGGUCUCGUAGCCAUCCCGCUGAUCCUCUCCAAAGAGCUUUGCCUCCAGCAUGACCUCCUCACCCAGAGCCACCUGAUCAGCACGAUCUUCUUUGUCUCAGGGAUUUGCACCCUGCUGCAAGUCCUCUUUGGAGUCAGGUUGCCUAUUAUUCAAGGGGGGACUUUUGCAUUCCUGACUCCCACCCUGGCCAUGCUGUCUCUCCCCAAGUGGAAAUGCCCUGCAUGGACACAGAAUGCCACCCUGGUGAAUGUCUCUUCACCAGAGUUCACCGAAGUCUGGCAGACGCGAAUGCGAGAGGUGCAAGGAGCUAUCCUUGUAGCUUCCUGCUUUCAAAUCUUCGUUGGAUUUUCUGGCCUGAUUGGAUUUCUGAUGAGGUUCAUCGGCCCCCUGACAAUUGCCCCCACCAUCACCUUGGUUGCCCUACCUCUCUUUGACUCAGCUGGGGACGACGCUGGGCAGCACUGGGGCAUAGCAUUCAUGACUAUUGCUUUCAUAGUUCUGUUCUCUCAGUACCUGAAAGAUGUCCCUGUGCCGCUGCCGUCUUACCAGAGAGGCAAGAAGUGCCACCUUUCCCCGGUCUACCUCUUCCAGAUCUUCCCGGUGCUGCUGGGGCUCUCCCUGAGCUGGCUGCUCUGCUACGUGCUGACGGUGACUGACGUCCUCCCUGCGGACCCUACAGCCUAUGGCCACCUGGCCCGGACGGACACCCGUGGGGAUGUUUUGUCCCAGGCUCCCUGGUUUCGGCUGCCUUACCCAGGCCAGUGGGGACUGCCAACCGUCAGCCUGGCUGGGAUAUUCGGCAUCUUGGCUGGGGUGAUUUCCUCCAUGCUGGAGUCCGUGGGAGAUUACUACGCCUGCGCUCGCCUGUCUGGGGCUCCGCCGCCACCAAAGCAUGCCAUCAGCCGUGGGAUCGGGGUGGAAGGCAUUGGCUGCCUCCUGGCUGGGGCCUGGGGGACUGGGAAUGGCACCACGUCGUACAGCGAGAAUGUGGGGGCCCUGGGCAUCACCAAG